UGGUCGUAUUUACCCAUCAAGGUCCAUCGAUAUCAAUAACCACACCGCCCACUACUAUCCUAUCAAAAUCGCAUGAAAUAAAAAAAAUGUCGGGCCCUGCCUCGGAAGUUGCUCCUCCGCCUGGCGAUGGUGCCGACAAUCUGGUGCUGUGCAUGGUCUGCGCCGCGCCCUUCCGGAGUAUGCAGGAUUGCCUUGCCCACGAGCUGCUGAAACAUGCUAGCAAGCCACAAAAGCAACUGCGCCAGCGACUUAACGCCAUCACAAAGCUGUUCACCAGCGCACAAACCCAAUCCGAGCGCAAUGAGCUGCGGGAGGCUCUCGAUAAUUCGGAGCCCGGUGACCACUUGCACACGGUGUUGCAUUUCUACGCUAGUGAUCUGCGGAAGAUGGAGCUUUGUUUCGGACACGUCCGCAACUGCAUAGAAAAGGAAAUGAGGGGCAAGGUUAGGGUGUUUCCCUUUGGUUCAUUGGUCACUGGUUUGGCACUGAAGGAAAGCGACAUAGAUCUGUAUAUUCAGUCCAGCGGCGAGCAGCCUCCCAUGCAGCUGUACAACAAGGUCUCUUACUUCCUUCGACGGUCCAAAUGCUUUGCGGAUAUCUUCACCAUUCGUCAUGCCCGUGUGCCUAUUAUACGGUGCAAGCAUCAGCUCACAGGGCUCAAUAUAGACAUCAAUGUGUCCAAUCCGAAUAGUACAUAUAACUCCCAGUUUGUCCGCGAUCUAAUGUUCCGCGAUGAGCGACUUCGUGAGCUCAGUCUGUUUCUGAAGAUUUGGGCUAAGAAGCUCAAGCUAAUUGGACAUGGUUGCAUGUCAAGCUAUUGUCUGAUUACCCUGAUCAUCGUUAACUUGCAAGCGCAUCAACUGCUGCCAUCUAUAAAGCAUCUGCAGUCUCUCUGUCCACCUAUUAAUAUAGGUGGCGUUAACUAUGCCUACAGUUUGGACCUGACACCACCGAUUCCAGCACGGAUCACCACUUUGGGACUAAUUAAAAAUUUCUUCGCAUACUACAGCACUGUAAACUUUGAGAAAAGUUUGUUGAGCCCGUUUUUGGGCAGCUGCUUAGACAAGGAGACCACACUGGGCAGGCCGGGUGGAUUUCCCGAGUAUGACGAGCAGCUGCGGCUCAUGCAUGAAGCAGUGGGAGAGCCACCGGAAGCUUUUCAACUCGAGCGGGUCAUGUGCGUGCAGGAUCCCUUCGAAUUGCAGCACAACGUGGCCAAGUCAUUCGCACCAUCGAAUCUAUUUUACCUCAGACAAUGUCUUGUCCUGGCAGCUCAAGGAUGCAGUGAUCCGGAACUUACUUCGCAACCGGCUAAGCUAUAUGACUACCUUUUAUUUGGCUUGGCGGAUAAGUUAGUAUCUGAGCGACUAGUGGCGGAUAAAAAAACGGAGAGGGCCACUCCGCGAAAGCAGCAAAAAGUGGAAAUUAUCCAAACGCAACCGCCCGUCGUUGAAACGGAGGACGCCAAGUUGGAAACCAACGCGGUGUAUAAUGCCCCGCCUAUCGUGCGAUCGCACGUGAUCACCCCCACCACAAAUGAUCUCAAAUGCUUGCGCUCCGGUGUCCUGAGCGGCCAUAAAAUGGAGGAAGUCCGAACCAUAUACUACUACUGGUUGGCCUGCUAUGUGGAUACCAUUAAGGAUGUGCUAACACAGCUCUAUGCACUGAACAUCGAACUAAAGGAAUCGGAGGAGCCGUGCUACUUUAAGUGGCUCAUCAGCAUCUCAUACGACACUUGGACAGGACGCUCCUUCCAGCGGGGCGCCGGUCAAUCUUUCUUUGCCCACCAGUUGCAGCAGACGAUAGAGUUUACUAAGACUAGGAUGGGAAAUCCGCAAUAUGCAGUAAAUUUGCGAGGCUAUUUCUCAUUGCUGGCCAGUGAGGAUUACAAGGAGCUGCGACUGGAUGUGCAGCCACUACCUGGUGAUCUCCUCGGACUGCAGCGCAAUAGUCCGCUAACAAAGCUUUUCAAGGCGUUUAAGAAUCUGCUGGGCAACUACAGCUUCAAGGAGAAGGCCAGCACCUGGGAGUUUUGCUCCAAAUCAGACUAAACCUGACGACAGGCGUAAUCUCAUAUGUACAUACUUUAAGAUUUCAAUGCAAAAUUGAAAAUACGCUUCAUUUACUCGACAUUUUUGUUUAACACAGUUUUAUUUGAACACUAUAAGUUAAACAAAUAUAUCAAAUUAUAAGUGUAACAAUUAGUAUUUUAGCUACUAUCUUCUAUGUAUAAAGAGAUGUCUAAACUAA